AUGGCGUCAGAUUUAGAAAUUGAUAUUCGUAAAGAAUGGCGUCAGUUCCAGAGGAAACAGAGAGCAGCCCAGAACAGAGGAGCGUUCUGGAUGACUGCGUUAUGUCUGGGGGUGAUGUGUAUUCUUCAGGCGACUCUUAACAUCGUCCUGAGACUGCACGUUGAUUCUCCGGAAAAGAACGAUACGUGUUGCAAUGAGACUGUAGAGAGAGACGAGCUGCUGGCUCGUUAUAACACCCUGAUUACGGAGAUAGAGCAAAAAGAAGCUAUAGUUCAGAAACUGAGGAAAGAAUUAGAAUCACUAAAGAUAAACAACAACGAGGUAUGGAAUAAGAUGGACAUGUUACUGCAAGAGAAAGACAAACUUCAAAACGAGCUGGAUGCUUUUCAUACUCAGGUAAACGCUGGAUGGACAACAUACGGCUCCAGUAGUUACUACAUCCCAGCAAGGAAGACCUGGACUGACAGCAAAGAUGACUGCAUCGAAAAGAACGGCAACCUGGUGAUCAUAAACAGCAAAGUGGAACAGGACUUCAUCUUUAAAAUUUUGGGGAGCACUCCGGCUUGGAUUGGUCUUAAUGACAGGGACAACGAGGGCAGGUGGGAAUGGGUGGACGGUACACCACUGACCACAGUGUCCUGGAUGUAUAAAGAAUCCAGCAGAAAUCCAGGUAAAGACGACUGCGCGAUAGCUGUACAGCAGCCAGAUGGUACACAACUCUUGGUUGAAAAUGACUGUCAAAAUGAGUUUGUUUGGAUAUGUGAGAAAAAAUAA